AUGUGGCGCGCUACCCCUCGUCUUCAAGCUCUCUCUCGUGCUUUCAACGUCACCCCUAUCGUUUCUCAUCCUCAAUUCACCUCCCCCAGAAUGUCUUCCAGCUUGACCGCCAUCACCGCUAAGGAUGCCUGCCCUCCUGCCGGCCCUUACUCCCAGGCUAUCCGUGCCAACGGCCAGAUCUUCAUUUCAGGCCAGAUCCCAGCCGACGCUUCCGGAAACCUGGUUCAGGGCAACAUCGGUGUCCUGACCCAAGCCUGCUGUGACAACAUCAAGGCCAUCGUGUCCGCUGCUGGUUCCGAGGUGUCGAAAAUCGUCAAGGUCAACGUCUUCCUCACUGACAUGGCUAACUUCGCUGAGAUGAACGCUACCUAUGAGAAGUUCUUCACUCACAAGCCUGCUCGUAGCUGUGUUGCUGUUCACCAGCUGCCUAAGGGUGUGCCUGUUGAGAUUGAAUGCAUUGCUCUGGAGUAA